AUGUCUUUUUGUGUUGCGGUGUCAGGCAGGUUUGAGCCAUACGACGUGCAUCCGCCGCCGCUGAUUCGCUGCGAUCGAUGCCGUACGCCGGUGACUCGGAUUCCGAUCAUGGCAAAGCAAGUGCUUGACCUUUACGAGCUGUACAAGCUGGUGGUGUCCCACGGCGGACUUGUGGAGGUGAUCAACAAGAAGCUGUGGCGCGAAAUCACCAAGGGUCUGCAACUACCUCAAUCGAUCACGUCGGCGGCGUUCACGCUGAGGACCCAGCAGGUUGGGUUCUGCCAGUACAUGGACACUGGCUUGAGCGCGUAUUGCGAAGUCGACAUCCGAGUAGAACAGCUUCCACCCGAAACGGUUAAGAAUUCUGGAGACAACGCUUGA